UGCAUUUGCAAUCUCUCAUGGACCAAAGGAACUACUGUAGCCAGCUCAAGCCGGUUGUCUCACUCCAAGCCCAAUCCAUUAAUGAUUUAGGAAAAUGGAGGGAGUGCGCGGGGGAAACAAAGAAGAAAAUUUCUGCAAAACCGAACUCUAAAAAUACAGUGAAAUUAUACAACUUUGAUCAUAUAAUCGUCGUUUUGAACUCACAGAUAAAUGGAUGAAUCUGAGAAAAGAAAGGAAAGAUUGAAAGCAAUGCGCAUGGAAGCUGCUCAGUCUGAAGUUCCUAAUAAUGUUGAGACUUCUUCGGUGCCAGGCCGCCUUUCUAACCCAUUAAGUGAGACAUCAUCAACUGUGACAGUGCAGGAAGCCUUUUGUGCAACUCCACGAUUUGACUAUUACACUGACCCUAUGGCAGCAUUUUCUGCUAACAAGAACAGGGGCAGGGCAGAUAAUCAGAGUACACAAAAUUAUUUUACUCCCCCAACUGCUAGUGGCUGGCCGGUGGCAAGGGUUUCACCAUCCCAUCCAGGACCAAGGAACUAUGAUAUGAAUCCACAUGUCCGUGACAUGCAGAGCCAGUAUUCACUUGAUCAGAGAAUGUACCAUCAACUAGGUCCUCAUAGCAACUUUGCUGCUCAUAGAAGCCCAAUAACAAGUCCUUCACACAUGCAUCAUGGCAAUCCUGAUGCUUGGAAUGGGUCCCAAGCAUUUGCUAAUUAUCAUAGUUCUGCUUCAGAUGGAAGCCCAAGAGGAAUGUUUGGUACUCCUCCGAUGCAUCCUGGAACUUCUCCUAGAGUCUGGAAUCCCUCUAAUGCAUCAUGGGACAGUAAUUCACCUACCCCUGGCUUUUCACCAGCUGAUAUCCCUUAUGGAAGAGGCAGGCCUCAACAGUUUGGUAACUAUCCACUCCCCAGUCCAGGACAUGGAGGCAGUCUUGGUCCUAGCCUAGGACGAGGCAGGGGACGUGGAUAUGGUGGCAGCAUUACUCAUGGAAUUGGAAGGAGUGGCAGACAAGGGCUAGGUUUUCAUGGUCAUAGUUCAGCAUCAAACAGAACGAUGGGGCCAGAGUCUUUCUAUGAUGAAUCCAUGUUGGGAGACCCUUGGCAGCAUUUAAAACCUGUUCUAUGGAGGAGAAGGGAAGCUGGAAUGGAUAGUUUGAGUAACCCUGACUCUUCAAAUGCCUGGCUUCCAAAAUCCAUUAGUGCAAAAAAGGCGAAAGUGUCAGAAGCUUCAAACAAGUUUAAUUCUCAACCGAGUCUUGCAGAAUACCUUGCUGCUUCAUUCAAUAAAGCUGUUGAGGAUACACCAAAUGAAUGAAAGUUGUGCGCUUUUGAAAUGAGAGCCAUGUAGAAGGUAUCUGUCAUGACAAUUUAGCUGAUAAUUGGAUGCACAUGUAGAUGCUUGAGGGUGGUGCUGGCUGAAGGCUUAAAGAAGUUUCCAUAUUCACUAUUAGAAUGUAGUUCAGAGAAAGUAUUCCUUAGACCAACAUGUUAUAAUCGUCAGAAUUAAUAGCUUCUAUCAACUUUUAAUGAAGCUGCAUGUCUUUGAUUUCUUUCUUUCUUUUUUAUAAGAAUAUCU